UUGACUUCCUAAAUGUAGGAAUGACAAAGCUGGAGAACCUUGUGAACUGAACCAUGGACACAGAGAUGUCAGGUUUCAUCAGGAGCCCUUCCCUCUCUACCCUGGUGAGGUGUUGAUGGGAGCUGAGUCUCUGCUAACUGUUGGUAUUCGUAAAGGUUUAGGUGCUAAGGCCCAAUUUUGCAUGGCCAUCAAGCCACUGCCCGUAGUGAAAGCAAACCAAGCGAUCCGCCUGCGUGCUACCAUCGACCAUACGAGCUCAGAAGGGUUGAAACGAGUCGCUGGUGAUGAAUGGCAGUAUCCUGGCCCUCUCACAUACAAGCCAACUCCUGAGGCAGAAAUUGUUAAGAUCAUUGAUGCUGUCAUUCUGACUGGUGGAGAAGCCUUACACCUUUCAGCAAAGAGGGAACUCAUUGACAGCAGAGGGGUAAAACGAGAAGUGCAAGAGGAAUGGUUGGUCAGAGAAGAAGGAGCAUAUCUUCCAGGAGCUUAUGAACAGUUAGUUGGUGUGAUCCAGCCAGUCAGGCUGAUCUCCACUGUGGGUCUCCACCUGAAGGCCCUUCACAGCUGCACAGACGCCCUAGGUAGGAAGCGAGCUGCUGGAGAUGAGUGGCUGGUCACUGUUCAAGACACAGACUCCUAUGUACCCGAGAUAGGAGAGGAAGUUGUUAGUCAUGUGACAAAGACAGUCCUGCAGAAAGGUCAAUACUGUGUGGUCAAGAACCCAGUGGACAACAAUGGCAGACCUCAGUAUGGCAAGCUGGAACUACUCAAGGGAAUCACAAGCUUCUUCCUCCAUCCAGGUGAAAUCAUUGAUGAUGGUAUCAAGAGCCAGUAUGUUCUAGGAGAGGACGAGGCCUUGGUAUUGGAGGCUUUGGAGCACUUCACUGAUGAUUCAGUCACAGGAGGCAAGGUCCGCAGACCUGGAGACCGAUGGAUGAUCAGAGGACCUAAGAGCUACAUUCCCCCUACUCAAGUCAAAGAAAUGUCUCAAGGAAACCAUCAGGUCAUCAGGAAAGCUAUACCGCUUGGUGAGAAUGAAGGGAUUUACAUCAGAAAUCUACAAACUGGAGAGGUCAAGGUCAUCAUGGGUCCCAAGUCAUAUCUCCUCAAUGAACAUGAGAAGCUAUGGGAGAAGGAACUAGACCCACUGGUAGUGUCUAUUCUCAAGAAAGGUGGAGGUGUUGGCGAAGGUGACAUCAGGAAACUGGCUUACUUUGAACAAUCCAUUGAUGCCGAAUACAUGGGUGACAAGCCCAGGGAUAAGACAAGAGCUGUGAGGUACAGAUGUCCGCAUAAUACUGCCGUGCAGGUAUAUGAGUACCAGAGGAAGGCAGCUCGUGUCGUGUUUGGCCCAGAUAUGGCUAUUCUUGGACCUCAUGAAGACUUCAAUGUUCUCAGUCUUAGUGCUGGUAAACCCAAAGUGGAGAAUGCUCUCAAAACCAUCUGCCUCAUGCUGGGACCAGAUUACAUCACAGACAUUCUGGAGGUGGAAACCGCUGACCAUGCACGUCUAAAGAUAAAGAUCGCUUUCAACAAUCAUUUUGAGUUUGAACGAGGAAACGGGGAUAGUGCAAUCUUCUCUGUACCUGACUUCAUUGGAUUUGCCUGUAGAGAAGUUGGAAGUCGCAUCCGGGCUGUGGUGUCAAGGGUCAAGUUUGAUGAGUUUCAUCGUCAUUCCAUGCAUCUGCUGAAGGCUGGUGUGUUCGGGUACAACCCUGAUGGGAGUGUCAAAGAGAGACUGGUCUUUGAGGCUAACAAGCUGGUAAUCACCAAUGUUGACAUCCAAGCCAUAGAACCAGUGGAUUCCACAAUGAGAAGCAGUCUACUCAAGUCUGUUCAGAUGGCCAUCGAAAUAGCAACUCAAUCCGUUCAGAGAACAGCUGGCCAGAAUGCAGCCUGCAAGGAACAGGAAGCCAAGGGACUCCUAGAGAGACAGAAGCUUGCUAAUGAGCAGGAGAAUGAGAAGGCCCGUACCAUACUCCAUGAGCUGAGAGCCAGUGCAAGCGCCGUGGAGUCCUGCGGGCAAGCUACAGCUGAGGCACAGGCCCAAGCAGAGAGGCUCCUGAUCGAGGGUCACAGCGCCAUCGAGGCAGCUCGUCUCAAGGCAGAGGCUGAGGACAUCCUAUGUGGCACCGAUCUGAACAACACUCAGAUGGCCCAGGAGUCUGAACUCAACUAUGUGAGAGAGCAGAAUGAGCUAGAGAUAGACAAGACUAAACAGCUAGCAGAUAUUGAGGUUGAAAAGUUUUCUGAAAUGGUGGAAGCCCUUGGAGCGGACGCCAUCAUGGAGAUGGCUAAUGCUGGACCCAAAUUUCAGGCUGAACUGCUGAGCAGUCUUGGGCUGGAGAUGACGCUUUUCACUGAUGGAAGUAGCCCCAUUAACCUCUUCAAUGUUGCAGACGGUCUUGUAGCUCAACCACAAAAAAGUGAAAUGGCCUGA